AGAUCGGCAGUCAGUCGCGCUGCGUCGCGCCAGUUGGAUGUGUGUCUAAGGUUCUUUUGCCACUCCUCGUGACAAACCGUGAACCGUAUUUAGAACUGACCCGUGAAAUAAUACAAUUACACGCAAAACAUUUGUGAAUAAAAACGUUUAUAUGUGCUCUAGAAGUGUACAGGACCGACCGAGACUUAACUAAAUUGUCUACACAGCAGAAAAAACGUAAUCUUCUAAGCAUCUCCGGCGUUGUCUCUCGUUGCAUGUCAUCGUCCACUGGUUAAAAGAUUACAUACAUGGUGCGUUGACCCCGCCGUAAUUCAGGUUAAGAUAAAUGCACAACUUAAAUUUACUUAAUGCUGUCACGUUUCGCUUCUCGGUAGUGUCAGUGAAGUGCUAGUGCAGUGUUACGUGCUGACGAACUUAUUGUUAUGUGCUGUGGUAUAAUGUGAGUUAAGAUGCCGUCUGAAAGUGGAUCAGCGUGGUCGCCGCCAGCUUCUACCAGCGAGAGGAGAUUGAGCAACUCCUCAGAUGGCAGCGCUUGUAGCGGUUAUUCGAAAACUACCACAGACAGUGCGGACUUCCUGGCGACAAGGCCGCACACGGCUGCCGUCAUCCCGGGCAAGCCCGCCGCCAACCCGCUACAGUUUAUCCGGGUCGGCCCGGCUGACCUGGGCAGUAGGGCUAGGGAGCAGCUGCGCAGGGCCGAACUAGCCAAAAAGACUGAACCCGCCAAACUUGAGCGGCAAGAGGAUUGGCAAUCGAACCUGGACAACUGGAAGUCUUCGCGUCGGAAGCGCGUCGAGCACAUCAUUGAGCGGUGCGUGGAGGUGCGCCGGAUGGAGACCGAGACAGGUCAGCCCAGAGCCAAGUCCAAGACCUUCAACGAGAUGCUGGAAGAAAGGGCCGGUCGUAGACGGAAAAAUCAUCUGGCGUAUCUUGAUGAGGAUGGCCACGACCUCAGCGAUCUGGGCAUAGGAACCUCGAGCACCAAGAGCAGUCUCAGCGAAGAUUGCGACAAUCACAGCCUGGCGAGCGACGGUAUGGAUCUGGAUAAGAAUCAUUCAGAUGUCGAUAACAUGUCCAAUUGCGAUAACAAUCGCAAGCUAGGCUCCAGCGCCAACGAAUACGACACAUGCACGACCACGACGAUCAGCUCUCCGGAGCCCGAAGAGUACACGUAUGAGAGUGCCAUCGAGGGCUACAAGUCGAGGAUCAUAUCACAAACCAAUAGCAAUAUGGUUAAGACACUCGUCAUUAACUCCAAAGAGACGUCACCGGAAAAGAACAGCGAUCUAAACAGAAUAAGAACAAGCGUUAGCAACAAAAUCGAAGAAAAGGUCUCGUCCUUCCAACAAGAAAGGACUAACGACGCAAAAAAUUUCGUAAAGAAAGAUUUACCCAAGGUCGACAUACACAAAAGGAGGGAACAGUUUGAAAGAGAAAACUCGCAAGAAUUACAAAUAAAUAAGCCCAAAAUUGCAGAUAUUAACAACAAAAAGUCAAUAAAGGAAAGGCUGUCGAGCUUAGAGAAGUUUACAGAAGAAACACACAUUCAGAAAUCUACAAGCGAUCUCACCAAAUUACCAACAGAGGUGAGACCUCUGAAAGAACGACUGUCUUCUUUAGAAAAAGUGAAGUCUGCUGAACCUGAAAAAGUAAAAAGGCUCUCGAACGGAGACCUUGGAAAUACUAGAUCCUUGAAAGAACGACUGAAUAGUCUAAAAUCGCAAACUUCAGAGGAAGAAGUCAAAUCAGUGAAAACAGAAGUAAAGGAUGUCUCCAUGAGCUUAAAAGAGCGUCUCUCCUGUUUGGAUGCAGCCAAAAAUAAAGAGAUUCCAAAAAUAUCAGUCGAUGAACAAAUUCACCGCAAUGAAAAGAUUUCAGAAACCAAAAACAUUGAAGAUUCAAAGGGAAAACUAAUGGAAAACUCUUUGAAAUCAAGUCUCACUGGCAUCGAAAGUCAAAUGCAAAGUUUUUGCCGGUCUCUGGACAGCUUAGAUACAAAUGGGCAGUCAUCGCCGAACUCUUUUGAAAGGGUUCAAAGCUUAGAAGACUUUGAUUGUGCUGAAAUGCAAAACAAUACAGUACCGAGUGAUAUUGAAACCGAAGAUAGCGGUAUUCACACUGCUAGAGAUUCAUGUGCCCCUGCUGAUGAUAUAGCAGAUUUAAGCCAAGUCGCCUCACCGAUCGGCGAAACUAUGAUCGAAGCUUCAGAAUACGAAUCGUCAAAUGAAGAUAGUGUACAGGUAGAGUUAAAAAUCGUAGAAGAGAAGAUACCUGAACAUUUCCAGCCAACGGUACAGGAAGCCAUUGUUGAAGAAGCUGAAGAUCAAGACAGCAAAGGUGAUGAUAGCACAAGCAACUACACCCAAGCAGUGUCUCAACAACUUGAGAACUCAAGUGCUACUGAAGAAGUAUCUGAAUUACACACAGACAAAGACGAUGAAGAUACACUUAAAAGCUUGGAAAACCAAGAUACUAGUGUAAGUUUAAACGAAACAACCUCCACGUCGUCAGACGGAGACACUGUGGUAUUUGAGGGAAAAAUGACCAUACACCUAGACUUGAAUGAAAUCUGUAACGUGAACUCCGGUGCUGGGAAUUCUAACCAAACCACUAAUACAACUAACAGCAAAAGCAUGCCAAUGGUGAUAGACGCCUUGGAACUAGCAUUCAAAGAAUUAGAUUCAGAAGACAGUGCCAAUAUGGAAGAAGACACGUCCAAUAAAACUGGCCUAGAUUUGAGUCUAAAUGAGAAGAUUUCAGUAACACCUCUGUAUGAGAACAUAGAUAUAUUCUAUCAGAGUACAGAUGAAGUUUCGUUCCCUCUGGAUAUGCCGAGUAGUGUGAUGGAACCGCCUAAAGAGAAACCGCCGCCGCCACCCACUGAGGAUGUCGACGGCGAUGAAUUUUUAGGAAACGGAAACUUCAAGCACACGAACUCGACGCGUCGAAUCAAGAAGGAAAUUCGCAACAAACGCACCAGCUUCUUAGGAAUCGAAGGUCAAGUGGACGACAGCUAUCUGGACGCUGACUUAUCCUUAGCGCCUCGACCUGACAUCACCUCUUUCCUUCAAGAAGAGACCAAAAUUGAGAAGUUGUUGUACAAGAAAACACUUUCUCAUGACAUGGAUGCGAAGUUGAGAGAUAGUAGGGAUUCAGGUGUUGAUGUGGACAGGGGACCAUCAGCCGAAGCCUGGUAUAAGGGGCAGUCGUCUCCGGAGACCUCAAAUCCUCAUAGCAGACAGAAUAGUGAGCCCUACACUCACGUAACAAUAACAUCGGACGAAGAAGAAAUCAUCAAGAAACAAAACGGAGACUUCACGAACAACCUCAACACGAAACUGGCCGAGCUAAAAGAAACAUCACAGUCCGACGACAGCCAAAUAGAGAAUCUGGACAAGAAACUACAGCAGCAACAGGCGCGUCACACUAACGACGAAUGGCGGGACGGGCAAUUUGAUGACGCUCACACAAAGGAAGUACUUCGGUUCGAAAGAGAACUACUGCAACUCGAACAAGAAGAGCUGAGCAGGCAAAGGGAGAAACUGAUUCAAGAUCAAAAUCGAAUCAUUCAGAAAUCAGUACAAGAUGUAUCCGUACGCGUCCCGGAUAAGACUCCAUUACAGACGCGUUCCGGGAAACAUUCGCAGAACUAUCGCCAUUCUAUGCCCAACUUGCUACUGAAAGAAAACUACACUCCUAUCACUCCUGUGAUACAAGAGAGAUCUUACGCGGACGAGAAGAGGAAGCCAUUUGUAUCAGAAGAGCAUAUACAAAGGCAUUUCGGGGUGGAGGAGAGCAGGAGAGUGCUUUACGAUGAGAGAUUGGAAGCGAGACGGCAGACUCCCGUUGUGAGGGUCCCACAGCCAGUUCUGCCGCCGAAACCGAAAAGCCGAGAAUCCAUAGAAAGAGAGAUCACUAUGAGAAGCAGUCGAGUGCCGUCCGCCGUGGAGUAUGUGAAUGUGGAACGCAACGCGGUACUCCUGAGAUCCAAGCAGCCUCCCCCGCCCGCCGCUGCCGCUCAGACCAACGGCACCUACCAUCCGAUGACUAGACACACUUUACAGGCUUUAAGCGCGGCUCCCACGCCCAAGCUCAUGUCCAACUGUGAAUGGAUGCAAGCUCGCACCAGGAAACCGUACAACUACAACCAGCACUGGCUCAUACAGGAAGCGGAACACCGCAGGAUAGAAGAACAAAGGAGUCGACUGCGGACUGCCCAGCGUCACUCGUACCACCAGGACGUGCCCAACACGCUCCACAACACGGCGCCACUGAGCAACAGCCAUCAGUUUCUGGCGCAGGAAGUGAAACGGACGCCGCGAGAGGAGAAGCUUCUCAGCGUCAGCGGGAAGAGGAAAUGUUCUCACUGCGGAGAGGAACUAGGUCGCGGAGCCGCCAUGAUCAUCGAGUCCCUGUCUCUGUGCUACCACGUGUGGUGCUUCCGCUGCGGAGUGUGCGGCGCCGCGCUGGGGGACGGGCGCGCCGGCACCGACGUGCGCGUGCGCGGCCGCCGCCUGCACUGCCCGCACUGCUACUCCGACGACGGCGGCGACAAGUACUCGCGCGUGUGACCGAGCACUGCUACUCCGACGACGGUAGCUUUUGGACCUCAUUGGCCAACACUUUGACCUCAUGUCUGAAAGCGGCGGCCACGACCACUUUACUUUGUAGUAACCGCCUACCAGCAGGUAAACCCUGAAAUUCGUCCACACACUUAGGGCAAAAAACGGUUCCAUUAAUGCUUCGUGGGACUUAAAUAUACCGAACUGCCUUCUAAGUGCAGGUGCCCUGAAUUAAAAUGUGUCCUUUUAUGUUGCCUUACUCGGUUAAGCCACGACUCAGAAAAAUAAACACAUUUAGUGUAUUGAACACUCAGCGAGCGGGUCACGUUCGCGCAAACAAAUAUCUCGGACCACGACCUAAUUGGUUAAUUCUAGAACGUAUGUUCACUUUGUGUAUGUCGAUCGAUGUAUAUGUUAGUUGUCACACCGAUAAUCCGCCAAAUACAUUACACCUAACUCUGUAUACACUUCUACUAAUAUUAAACUCUAGAUACGCGUUAUAGCUAAUUAACAUAGACUAGUGAUAGCUGCGUUAUAGCUCCGCUGGCAGCCGCGCGGUAGGGCACUAUCGCGUUGUGUGUCUGCACGUGAGUUCGCAUAUCUCAAAACGUCUCGGCGACUCAGCCUGGUCCUGAGUCGGCCACUGCACGCUUUUGUUCUCUCGCUCACUCACCGCGGCGCACAGUGGGUCGAUACUGUGAUUUUAGUGACUUAGGGACCAACUUUGUUUUUUAAAAUUUUUCUUUACGUAAAUAGAUAGAGCUCGUUAAUCUCAAUAAUAAUUGUUUUGGGUAAAAGUUACAAAAACUUUAUAGUUUGGUCAGAAAAAUGUGUUUUGUGAUUUUUUUGUAUGGAGCGGGUCACAUUAAAUUAAAUUCCUGCUAAGUACCAUGAGGUCCCGCUUUGAAACUUUAUUUUUCUUACACCUUGUCUAGUCUACUAUCAUUUGAUGCUAUGAACAUGUGCAUAAAGUUGCAACUCUGCCAAAUAAAUGGAUCGAAAAAAAUGAAUAAAUACAUAGAAUAAAAACCUUUAUUUUUAUUUUCGUAAGUGCUUUUAAGUUAAAUUUGAUAUGGAUUAGUAAGUAAAAGCACGCAACAAUACCCAUAAUUACAUAAUACCUAACAAAAAUACAUUUAGUAGGUCUCUAAUUAAUCAAUCUCUGUAAUUAUUAGGAUAGUUAACAUUAGUUACUGAGGAUAAUUAGUUAAGCAGCCAUUACUGGGUAGUAGAAAAUAUAGUAAACAUUUGUGUCUCUCUGGAAGUAUAAAGUGACCAUAUUUAUUAUAUACUAACUAGUGUUCGUUUAUUCGUACUACUACUAACAUCUUGUGAUUGUCGUCGUGAUCUUCUUUUUCCGUUAUAAUGGAUAAUUUUAUUAACAAUUUAGGAUUAUUUAUGAUUUUAAGAGAGCAACAACAGUCGCUGUCUGAUAAUAAAAAACUUUCAAUUCCUACAAAAUCAAAUGAACGUGACCGAAGAGAAAAGUGUUGAGCCCCAAAAAUUCUGUACGCACUUUUGUUCAAAUAUAAGUGCAAUAUGGAAACGAAGUAGUCGCAUGUUAGCACAGUUUAUGAGAAAAAAAUGUGAUUGGUUCGAAUGUGCAAUAAACUGGCCCGAAGGCAUGAUACCUGAAGAUAUCAACACUGUACAGGAAAGGCUCGAGAUUUCUAAUACUGAAGAUGUUGAAAAUGUACCACGCUCUAAUGUACUACAGAAGCCUCGACAUCUACUUUUACACCUCGAAAACCUUUUGAAGAAUUGGGAUCCAGGCACAUUAAACAAAUUUACCAAUCGCUUUCGUUAUCCCCUGAUGAAAUGAAAACUACUACAGUUGCUAGUUUGAGAAACACUGGAAAUGAAGAUGUAGGAGAAAUAAUGAACCAUUUGUCAAAUCACCCCGAAGAUCUAGAAAAAGUUAAAGAGUGUUUAAGUACAAGUGAAAAGUAGUACAUAUUCUCCCGAUAAGGCACUAUUAGUUUCACUUAAAUUAAGUAAGUGGCAGAAUAUAAAUCUAAGAGAAGCAGCAAGUGAAAAUGGGUCCGAUUUAUACCCUUCUUAAUAUAAAAUUAAGCAAGAAAAGACCAAAUGUUAUCCAGGGAAAGACGAGGUAAUUAUUAAUGAAGAAGGAGCUGCUAUUAAAAUGCAAGCAUUACUAAACUUGGCGGUAUAUAGGCUUUUAAAUGUGAUUACUUCGGAUUUGGACUCAGCAAGAGAGCUACUGCUUAUAAGCAAAUAGGCUUUGAUAGAGCCCCAGGUCAAAGUAAUUAUAAACAAAAGACUGAAACAGAGUUUGAUGAUUCAUCUAUUUUCUUGGCCAGUCUAGUUCCUAUAAGGCUUCUGAAAUUUGAUGGAACAAUUGUUUGGGAAAACGACCUACCCUCAUCAAGUUUUUGUUGCCGUCCAAUAAUGUUUAAAUUUAUAAAAGAAAUGCAGUCAAUAGUGGCAAUUAUAAAAGCUAGCAUAACAGAAGAAAUAGAAAGACUUCAGCCAUCAAAAAUCAAACAAGUUGAAGUUAAGCAUCAAUUGCACAUGACGAUGAUAGACGGCAAAAUAACCUCAUAUUUGUCAGAAACAUUUUCUGCUGUCUGUGAUAUUUGCAAAGCAAAACCGUCAGACUUUUUUGGAGUCACUUGCUUAUCAAAGAGAAAAUAAUGAAGAAAUAUUCCAGUAUGGAAUGCCAUCUUUACAUGCCUGGAUAAGAUGCAUGGAGUGCUUACUUCAUAUCGGUAAAUAUAAUUUUAUUACUUCAGAAUUUUUUCAUCCUAUGUAGUUUCCUGUGAGAUUAUUUUUUAAAUUACAUUUUUUUGUUUGCGUCUAAUCGUUUGGACUUCAAGAAAUGGAGUUGCAACGGGCGAUGACUAAGAAAAAAUGUCAAUCAGAAAGAGCGCUAUACCUUAAGCGUUUAAAAAGGAAUACGGCUUACUUAUAGAUGUUGUCAAGCAAGAAGUAGGAACAACCAAUGAUGGCAAUACUGCCAGAAGAUUUUUCAGGGAUGCAGAAGGAACAGCCCGCAUAACAGGAAUACGUAAAGAUUUAAUAGAGAGGUUUCACGUGAUUCUUCAGACUGUUGCAUCUGGAGAGCGCGUGGACCUUUCCAAUUUUUCCGAGUUUUGUAGAUAUACUGCAGAAUUGUAUAUUAAUUUAUAUCCCUGGUAUUAUAUGCCUUCCAGUAUCCAUAAAUUGUUGGCACAUGGCAGUGAUAUACAAUAAUCAAAAGCUUUGCCUUUCGUGCCAUUCCUAUAGGUAAACUGUCGGAAGAGGCCGCGGAAGCUCGCAAUAAAGAUUUUCGGAAAUAUACAGAGAGUUGUUAUUUUAGAAAGAUAAGUAGUCUGCCGACUAAUGAGGGUAUUUUACACAAUCUUCUUUUGUCUUCUGAUCUAAAGAUCGAAUGGUGAAACAAAAUAUAUAAUACUUAGAGAGAUUGAUUAAUUAGAGACCUACUAAAUGUAUUUUUGUUAGGUAUCAUGUAAUUAUGGGUAUUGUUGCGUGCUUUUACUUACUAAUCCAUAUCAAAUUUAACUUAAAAGCACUUACGAAAAUAAAAAUAAAGGUUUUUAUUCUACGUAUUUAUUAAUUUUUUUCGAUCCAUUUAUUUGGCAGAGUUGCAACUUUAUGCACAUGUUCAUAGCAUCAAAUGAUAGUAGACUAGACAAGGUGUAAGAAAAAUAAAGUUUCAAAGCGGGACCUCACGGUACUUAGCAGGAAUUUAAUUUAAUGUGACCCGCUCCAUACAAAAAAAUCACAAAACAGAUUUUUCUGACUAAACUAUAAAGUUUUUGUAAUUUUUGCCCAAAACAAUUAUUAUUGAGAUUAACGAGCUCUAUCUAUCUACGUAAAAAAAAUUGUUAAAAAUCAAAGUUGGUCCCUAAGUCACUCAAAUCAUAGUAUCGACCCACUGUGCGGCGAUCCGUUCGGUCGGCUCGGCUUGCCUCGGCUCGGUUCGGCUCGGCUCGGCUCGGCUCGGCUCGGUUCGGCUCGGCUCGGCUCGGUUCGGCUCGGUUCGGCUCGGCUCGCUUGCAAUUGGAACGAGAACGAGCUUGUCAUAUUUGUUCGAAUAUUUUUAAUCUACGGUGUUAUUGAUUUGUUUUAUGACAAUUUUAUUUUAAUUUCGGUCUCUGUGCCAUUUAAGCAUCAAUUUUACUUAAACAAUACCAAGUAAUAAUAAAGAUUUUUUUUUCAAUAUUUAAGGAUCGAAAUAUGCAAAAUUUCGUUUAAAAAUUGUGUUUCCGUAAUUUUACAUGUAAUAUUUUGUACAUAGAUAUUAAUUUAUGUUUAAAUAAGUGUUAAUUGUUAGCUUUAAUAGUGAUUAGCUUUUAAUAAUGUAAUCCAAAAAUUCUUUAUGAUUAUACUUUACAUGUAAAUUGAAAAUACAUAUUUUAUCUUUAUUACAUCACCCUAACACGUUUUUUCUUGAUUAUUAAAUGCGUAAAUUAAUCAUAUUUACAAAAAACAAACUACUAAAUGAAUCUAUGCAAAAUCAAAAUGGCGGUAAAAAUGGCGCGAAAUGUUCGCACCUAAUCGACUAGAGAAGUUUUAGACUUUCAGACUUAUUUAAUGGUGCAUUCCGGAUUGAAGUAUGACAAGAUAAUUUUCGCAUUUGAUAAUUAACCAUCAUUAUAAUAUUAUUUUCGAAUACGCCUAACAUAAAAUUAAUAUUCGAUCAUCCGUAUAAGUUUUGUAGUCUACGGUUAAUAUAUGGAACUUCGUGUACAUUGUCUAUAUUUAUAAGUGGAAAAGAUUGUGUAACAAUAAAAUUUCAAGUACCUAUAA